AGAAAGUAGAGGUUGAGAGUCAUGGCCAAUGCCCAAGCUUCCUUAUCCACUCCAUAGCUUUGAAUCUCAACUGAAAGUUAUUUGUAGUGGCAGAGAAGCGGAAUGAGAGUGGGGAUGGCUGCUUCCCUUUCAACUUCUCCUUACACAUGUUCCUCCAAAUCCAUUGUUUUUCCUAAGUGUAGUCCCAACAUCAAACUUGGAUCAAAUCGCUUCACAAUCUCUGCUUCAACCUCCGUUCUUGCUGGCGGUUCUCCCCUUCUUCAAGCAGCCAAGCAUACGGUGGACACAUAUGUAAAAAGUGGAAUGGUUAUUGGCUUGGGAUCUGGUCAAGCUUCUGGCAUGGCCAUUCAAUAUCUUGGCCGGCUGCUUCGGGCUGGUGCUUUGAAAGAUAUAGUUGGGGUACCUAUGUCUAUAGCAAGUGCAAGUGAAGCUGCCAAGGCGGGAAUUCCAUUAGACCAGUUCAACGAUAGUUCACAAAUUGAUUUUUCAUUUGAUGAUGCUGAUAUUAUAGAAGAAGGAACACUUAUUGCAGUCAUUGGGCAUCGGAAACCACAAGUGGAAGAUUCAAUAAUUCAGGAGAAGUCUAUAUUAAAUGCCUCCAACCAGCUUGCAUUCAUGAUAAAGGAAAGCCAAUAUAUGGGUGGCCCUGAGGGUUCGAUUCCAGUUUUAGUGAAUUCUCUUAAUUGGAUGCAAACUGCAGAAGAAAUUGAUGAUCUCUUUCUAGGCGAUGCAGAGGUAUGGAGGAGGCCAUCGAUUGGGCAUGCAGGUCCCCUUGGGGGCGACUUCCCAUUUGUCACUAGAGAAGGACAUAACGUACUGGAUGUCAUAUUUACAUCUCCUAUAUCAAGCCUAGCUGAAGUAGCAGAAAGUCUUGACCAGAUCAAUGGAGUCGUGGAUCAUGGAGUCAUUUCUAAAUUUCCAUGCACAGCAGUUAUUGCAUCAGAAAGUGGUCUGCAAAUUAUUGACAAUCUACAGAGGAAUAUGGCAUAGAGUAAUUGCAGUUUACCGGCAAUGCCAUCACAGGUAAUUUUGCUAGUAAUGAAUACCUCAACAUAAAUUUUGUGGAAAUGAUUGUGUAAACCAUUCCAAGGGCUACAUAAAAUAUUUUUCUAUUGUUAAUAUUAGAUGAAUCUAUGAGUUUUGGUUGACGUUAAAAGUAUUCUUAUUUUAAAUCAUGCUAGCUCUAUAUUUUCAUUCUAGAGUACUUCAAUAUUUCAUCAAUGAAUCAACCAAUAUACCUGUACAUGAAACUACUAUACAUUCUCUAUUCAUUUAUAGUAGAAAGCAAUGGAACUGGUUAGUGUUAA